AACGAUUGGCCAUCGGUCAUCAGUCCUGUAGGAACAAUGCUCCGUCCUCUCGAGGACGCGUGGUCAAUGGUCUAACCGCUAAGGCAUGCAAAACAUAAGAGUACGCCCCUCCCCCCCCCCCCCACUCACCGUUGCUGGGCACAACCAAACACCGUCUGUCUCUCCGGCUGGCCUAUCCUGUUGGCAGGUGGACAUGAUCGACGCGGCUGUCAUGCGCAACUUGGCAACGCGUGCCAAACUUAAAGCUUUCGCUCGAGCGGGAGGAGGUGUCGCCGGGGAUAUCGAGGUCAUUCCCGUGAGGGAAUCGUGGUGCUUUCUAGUGGUAGCGCCCGGCGAAGGGGCGGCGGAGGGCACGGUGGGCAGGGUGUGCAAGGCCAUCGGUCAAGCGGCGCGACGGUUGGCUGCGGUUCACAUCAGCAUGCCCCUCGAGUCGCCGACGUACGAACAGCAGCUGCUGAUGUACGGCAAGCAGCUGAAAAAGGGUCGCGGGCAACGUGGAGUUGAGAAGGAGGCCAAGCCAUCGAUCAUGGCCGAUCUGUUGCGUGCAGUCUCGAAGCAUGGCGUCGAUCUGUGGCUCGACGCCUUCUGCCUGAGGGGGCACGUCGGGGAGAUCGCUGUCAAGAAGGCUGUCGAGGCAGUGCUCGAAACCGAGCUCAAGAAAAAGUAUCCUGGCCUUCUGGCCAAACGCCGCAUACCCGAUGCGCCGAGCUCGACCGUCGACGGCGCCGGACCUCCUGAUCUCGCCCCUCCCAAAAGUCGACCGAGCGAAUGGGACUCGGGCAGCUUCAGCAGCUCCGGAACAGCAAGCUUUCCCUCUCGCAACACCACCGGAGCUCCGGCUGGGGCGGCAGCCGGGUCGAAGACGUCGGCGCAGUCGUCGGCAGCGUCCCCGGCUAGAGCAAGGCAGACGGCUGGUACUACUGGACACGUGGGUGUUGGUGGCGGUAGCUGCGGCGACGGUGUUGGUGCUUUUCCGGCGUUCUCGUUCGGGACGACAGCCUCUGGGCCGCCGGCGAGGGCAUGGGACAUGGAGACCUUCGCUACUGCCGGUCAUGCGGAAGACCUGGACAAGGUCUCUCGAUUUGUGGAGUUCUUCCAGAACGUGUUCGGAGAAGUCGAUAUCGUCGUCGAUGAGGCCGAGAGCGUCGUGAAGUGUUGGUGGGGGCACGGUGACCGCGCCAUCAACACAACAGUGGAUUACCUGGAGCAUGGCAUCCGAGUCUGCCGGGAAGGGCCGUGGCAGCCGGCUAGCUUUUCGCUGAUGCAAGCGAGGAUCCCCACGCACCCCGCAGAGAGCGGGACGUCGCGCCUGGUGCUCUCGGCCGGUGUGCCGCAUCCAUCGGACAAGUGGCUGAGGGAGCUGUCUGCCGUCUACGGCAUCGUGGCUGCUAACGUCAAGGUGAAUUGUCUCAAGGCCCAGCCACCGCCGCCACCGCCGCCAUCAUCAGGCGAUGGUGCCGAUAUCGGCCUCAGCGGGGCGCGGCACCGACAUGACGGCCUCCCUCAAAGCUUUGCUCCUCCUAGUGUGGAGGCGGCCAGUGACAGGGUUAAGGUGGCGCAGCUGUGGGGGCUCCACGACAAUGUCCAGGCCGCCCUGGAUCGCCUGGUUGUCGGGCCAGACAAGAAUGCAGUCCAGGAAAAGAUAUCUCUGCGGCUCGGACAACGUAACCUGGAACAGCUCGCGAGCACCGGAUGGAUCCGCACGCUAGAAAGGCGACGGGCAAAGGUGGAGCUAUACCAGCAGAGAGGAACCAUCCGUGUUACGCGCCUACACAUCAUCGCGGCCUCUCUAGUUGAGGCGCUCCCGCGAUCCGUCCAGCUGGUAGACAUGAUCGACGCGGCUGUCAUGCGCAACGUGGCAACGCCUGCCAACCUUGAAGCUUUCGCUCGAGCGGGAGGAGGUGUCGCCGGGGAUAUCGAGGUCAUUCCCGUGCGGGAAUCGUGGCGCUUGCUAGUGGUAGCGCCCGGCGAAGAGCCGGCCGAGGGCACAGUGGACAGGGUGUGCAAGGCCAUCGGUCAAGCGGCGCGGCGGUGGGCUGAUGCUCACGUCAGCGUGCCCCUCAAUCCGCAGAUGUACGUGAAGCAGCUACACAAGAAUCGCUGGCAACGUGGAGUUGAGAAGGACUCCAAGCCACCGAUCAUUGCCGAUCUGUCGCGGGCAGUUUCGAAGCAUGGCGUCGAUCUGUGGCUCGACGCCUUCUGCCUGAGGGGGCACGUCGGGGACAUGACCGUGAAGAAAGCUGUCGAGGCAGUUCUCCGAACCAAGCUCAAGAAAAAGUAUCCUGGCCUGUUGGCCAAACUCCGCGUACCCGAUGCGCCGAGCUCGACCGUCGACGGCGCCGGACCUCCUGAUCUCUCCCCGCCCAAGAGUCGAGCGAGCGCAUGGGACUCGGGCAGCUUCAGCAACUUUGCAAUAGCUGCCGGCGCCUCUCCCGCCGCUGGGGGCCUUUGUGGAGCUCCGGCGGGAGCCGGACCGAAAAUGUUGACGCUGACAUCGGUGGAGCUACCGGCGGGGACAGGGGACGGGGCCGCCGGUGCUUCAUCUGCUGCCGCUCCCUCCUCCGGUGCUGGUGCUGGUGCUACAGCUACUGCCGGGCAUCUGCAGCGACGGUGUUGGUGCUUUUCCAACGUUCUCAUUCGGGACGACAGCCUCUGGGCCGCCGGCGAGGGCUUGGGAUAUGGAGAGCUUCGGCAACUUUGCAAUAGCUGCCUGUUCCUCUCCCGCCACCAGGGGUGUUUUCGUAGCUCCGGUUUCGGCGGGAGCGGGACCGACAAUGUUGACGCCGACAUCGGUGGAGCUACCGGCGGGGACAGGGGACGGGGCUGCCGGCGCUUCAUCUGCUGCCGCUCCUGCUGGAAAGGUUAUGGUGAGCCUGUGGGGGUCGAGCAGGGUAUGGACCAUGCGGCUGGAACGAGCUUGCCAUGUCAGGCGCCGCAGCAGGAGUCUGUCGGAGAGAGAGAGGGCGAGGAGGAAAAAGGGCCCAGGGGGACAAAGAGGAGAAGAGGGAAGGAGGAGGAGGACCAACAGCAGGAGGAGGAAGGAGGAGGAGAACAAGGAGGAAGGAGGGAGAGGAGGACAAGGAGGGAACGGAAGGAGGAGGAGGAGGAGGAGGAGGGGGAGGAGGGGCAGGGAGAAGGAGGAGGUUGAGGGGGGGCGCGACUAGCUUACGGAGUCUUCCACGGCAGUGGAGCGGUGCCCGCAGCUAGUGAUCGCGGGAUUCCAAGGGGCGUGCGUGGGAGGAGCGGUGGGCUUGGCUUGCGCCUGCGACGUUAGGCUCUGUUUGGCCUAGCGGCAGACGUCGGAGGUUGCAACGAGGCGCCCAAAUGGGUCGCCUAUUUUGGUGUUUGUUAGCUGAAUUUUCUAUGGUGGAAAGCCAAACAAUGCCGGCCUUGUGGGGAUCUCUCAGAAGAGGUCGGUUCACGGGUAGAGGAGGGACACCCUUUGUUGGUGAAAAUGGUCGGGCCGUACAUUUGUCGUCAUCAUCGAUUGCAACGAGCAGCAUCUGUACACA